CUCAACCGCCAAGUAAGUUACGCUGUGCUGUGGUUAGCUGAGGAAGUUACACAGCACUCUAUUUUCUGUUAUUUUGUUUCAUAGAAAAUAGAUAUAUUCUUAUGCGGAUACACAUGUAACAUGUAGUGAAGGGGAAACUAGGUGCUUUUAUUUCCUUUUCUCUGGAAGAGUACAUGUUUAUUUUUAGGACACUGUUAUUAAUGUGUAGCUAACGCAGCCAAGCCUCAUGUUUUCGUCAAGCCAAGAGGAGCACUGCGCCCCGUCUAAAGACCCGGUGAAGUACGGGGAGUUGGUGGUACUGGGGUACAAUGGCUCUCUGCCCAAUGGAGAUCGGGGUAGACGGAAAAGCAGAUUUGCGCUUUUUAAGAGGACCAAAGCCAACGGUGUUAAGCCGAGCAGUGUGCACAUCCUCAACACACCCCAGGAUAGCAAGGCUGUGAACUGUAAAGGCCAACACAGCAUCUCCUACACACUGUCCAGGCACCAGACGGUGGUGGUGGAGUACAGCCAUGACAAAGACACAGACAUGUUUCAGAUUGGACGCUCCACUGAAAACCCCAUCGACUUUGUGGUUACUGACACUGUAGCAGGAGGCCAGGAUGGAGAGGACACUCAGAUCACACAGAGCACCAUCUCCCGCUUCGCCUGCAGGGUUGUCUGCGAACGUAACCCUCCCUACACGGCUCGCAUCUAUGCAGCAGGAUUUGACUCCUCCAAAAACAUCUUUCUGGGGGAAAAAGCAGCGAAAUGGAAGAACCCUGAUGGUCACAUGGACGGGCUGACAACCAAUGGGGUGCUUGUGAUGCAUCCUAAAGGGGGCUUCAUGGAAGAGUCCAAGCCUGGCGUCUGGAGAGAAAUCUCCGUUUGUGGAGAUGUUUACACUUUGAGAGAGACCCGCUCAGCACAGACCCCAGGGAAACUGGUGGAGAACGAGAGUAACAUCCUGCAGGACGGCUCUCUGGUGGAUCUGUGUGGAGCCACUUUGCUGUGGCGCACUGCAGAGGGGCUCUUUCACACUCCCACCCAAAAGCACCUGGAGGCUCUGAGGCAGGAGAUCAACGCAGCCCGGCCUCAGUGCCCAGUGGGUCUCAACACGCUCGCCUUUCCCAGCAUGCAGCGCAGUCGGGCCCUCUCCUCUCUGGAGGACAAGCAGCCGUGGGUCUACUUGGCAUGUGGCCACGUCCACGGCUAUCACAACUGGGGCCAUCGCUCCGAGCGGGAGCCCAACACCCAGCGAGAAUGUCCCAUGUGCCGGGUGGUGGGACCCUAUGUCCCGCUGUGGCUGGGCUGCGAGCCCGCCUUUUAUGUGGACACGGGGGCGCCCACUCAUGCCUUCGUUCCCUGUGGACACGUGUGUUCAGAAAAGUCGGUAAAGUACUGGUCUGAGAUCCCUCUGCCCCAUGGCACCCACGCCUUCCACGCCGCCUGCCCCUUCUGUGCCACCCAGCUCAGCCCGUCUCAGGGCUGGUCAAAGCUGAUCUUCCAAGGUCCCGUGGACUGAGCUGAGAAUCUCUGCUGCAUGAACAUUCACAGAAACUGAUCAGAUGAACCCGCGCUUUCUGGAUCGGAAUAAGCCUGCUUGGCCGUCUACUGUGGAUCUAUCACAGAUUGUUCAGGAGCUUUUUGGAUGAAAUACCAGAGAUCACUGUGCAGACAACCAAGUCUCUCCCAGCAGGCUGUUUACACCACAUUACCAUCAGAUCGCUGUUAAAGUGAGGCUCACCAAUGAAUGACUCAUUGCUCCCUUAUUGAUUAUACCAGAUUGGGCCUUUUGGGAAAGAGAAACAGCUGUUUAGUUUCUGAUGUGCCGAUGAUGAAGCUUUUACAGAGCUGGACAGCAGGGCUGUUGGCUGGGAGAAUCUUUAGGCUUAAUGCCCCCCCCAAAUCAAAAUCAUCAGUCUCAGUGUCUUCCAUUCCCCAAACAAACUCUCACAGAGGUGGAGGAGACUUUUUGUUGUACGGAGAUGAAAUCCAGUGCCUGAGAUCCCGAUAAAAAGUGGGAAUAUUUUUAAUAGUAAUUGAAAAAAUAGAUAUAUAUAUUUUGUGGAAGGUAAAGAAAGAGAUAACAACCCAGGUGUGUUUUAGUACACUGUGGCUGUUUGAAAUGUUUUGUAACCCAAAUGUUAAUAUAUUUUUCUCCUUCAUAUAUAACGUGUGAGAAUGAGAGCGUGGGUGAUUCAGUGUGUGUGUGUUGGGGGGGUGUUUAUGUGGCCCUGCAUUAUUUAAGCCCAACCGCUUCUUAUGAUCUCACAUACCAAACCCCUAACGGAGACGUGACAGGAAUCGGGAGAAGGUCGCCGGGUUUCAGAAUGACGGUGCGGGAAUGAACCCACUGCUGGGGCUCUAAUUAUAUGACCUGCUUUCUCAGCUAGCUUCAGGUUCGCUCACAGUCAAAUGGGACGUUUCGGCUUCACAGCUGACACCUACACCCGCCGAUCAGGUUUGCACCGCUGUUAGCUUUAUCCUGUGUGGGGUCUGAUCCACGGACGUUGGCGGUUAAAUCCUGGGCGCAUUCUGAGCAGCAUUGUUAGGUUAAAAAGUGAUGAACAGUCACAUGUUUUUUGUCAACAUCCACAACUGCUUACCACUGACAGGUUAAGUUUAACCAGGUCUUAUUCUGAACGCUGGUGGAGAGUUUCUACACAGGCUAAAGGAAUGUAGAAAUAUUUAAUUAGCUUUCAGGAUUGUCCACAUCAGGAGAGACAGAAAAAAAUAUAAGCAAGUUCUCGACUUACCGGGAAAUUAUAAUGUGACUUUUUAAGAACUUUCUCAAAGAAAAUGAGAGAUAUUUUGAAACUUAAAAACAAACAAGAUGUGUAAAAACGGUAUUAGAACCCAAAACUUUUUUUAUUUGGAGCUUCCAGAGUUUAUAAGUUAACUAUCUACUUAUUUUGUGAGCUAAAACUUAUUUCUUACCACAAACUGGCAUAAGUGUAAAAUACUUUAAUACUUUAGUGUAAAAACUAUUUUUUUAUUUCAAACUAUUAAACAAUGGAAUGGUGAGAUAAUUAAAGUAUAAUAGUGACUAUAUAAAUGAGCUUCAAGAGUUAUCUUGAGAUGUUUUAAAUUAAAUCGUGACCAAAAUCUUACACAGCAGUGAUCUCAGUGUAUAAUUCUCUGAUCUUUAAUAAUAAAAUAAAUUUAUGCAUUAAAUUGGGAUAAAAAAUGAAACAGUUACACCAAUGAAAAACUUAUGACCUACUGUGACAAUCAAACCAUUAUCAAAGCAAAAUAAUCUCUAAUCCUUACUAUAGAUGUAAUAGCAAGCACAUAUUAUCUUUGUUCGGUCUAAUAAAAUGGUUAUCAGUGAAAUUUUAGAUUUAUUUCUUGUCAUCGUGAGAAACGAAGCUAAAAUCUUGUUAAUUUAAGAUAAAGACGAUAAACUGUUCACUGUGGUCAGCUCAAGGUCAUGUUACUUUGUCGUUUUAAAAAAAAAACUGAUACUACCACUUUAGAAAUAAAGUCCCAUAUUCUCAUUAUCCUGAGAUAUUACAAAAAUGGAGAAAUGGGGUCUCAUCCAGAUAUCAUUGGACAAUUGCACAGUUAGAAGGAAAAAGUAAUUUUAUAAUCAUUUUAACUUGAGAAAUUGAAAUUGUUAGCUAAAUAAGAUGAACUAAUCUGGAGGAACUAAGAUAACUGAGCAGAAAAAGCCCAAUUAUCCUGCCUUAAAGCCAUUAUUUUAACUCUUAUGUAGACGUAAUGCAACUUAUCACAAUAUACUCAAGAAAUUUGAAAUCUUGAGAAAAUUAGAUAAUGAAAUUUGAACUUACAUAGGUUCUAACAAAAAGCUCAAGCUCCUACUAUUUGGUUUCAAGAUUUCAAGGUU